AUGUCCGCUGACAGCGUCGUCCCCGCACCGCCAAAGUCUCUGAAGCCAACGAACGAGAUCUUGAACGAGGUCGAAAUCGCCCGCGAGUUAUCCAUCCUCGCUCAGUCCAGCAACGAGAAUUCGGAAGAGCGACGGAAGCUUGAGAUGUCAAACGAGAGCAUUGAGCGCCGCCGUGCCGAGCUGCUUGAACAGCAGGCAAAGAUCAGGCUCGACAAGGUCAUGCUCCGGGAGAAGAAGAUCGCAAAGAUCGAGGAAGAAGUCGUGGAACGCAUCAAGAACACCUAUGCGAAGCAGAAGGAGCUCGAGAGACUGCAGAUGGCCCUCGACGAAGACAGGAAGAGGCUCGAGGAGCGCGAGGCAAAGAUCGAUCUGCGCAACGAGCUCGUCGAGGUGCGCGAGAUGAGCGUCUUGGCGCAGGAGCUCGGGGCGAACGCGCGGGAAAGGCUGCUCGCCGGCCGCGAGUGCGACGUAUUGGAACGCGAGAACAAGGUCGCGAAGCGCGAGCUCUUGGCGUUGUGUGGCACGCCUGACAGCGCGUAUACGUUCCAGUCUGUCGCCGUCGAGCUCUGGUCGGAGGCGCAGACGCUGGAGGACUGGACGCAACCCAAUCUCAGUAUCGAGGCGGCGCUCCCCAACCUAAAGUUGGGGCUGGCGUCGCUGCUUGGUACAAAUGUUCUUGCCGAGAUCGACGACUAG